AUGUUUUCGUGGAUCGCGUCGAAACCGGCGGCAAAGGAGGAACCGCCCAUUCCCAAGAGCUUCGACCCGCUCAAGGGGCUGGGCGGAGCAGUCGCGUUUUACAAGGAUGCCGAUUCUCAGGCCGCUGAUGCUGCUGCAUCAGGCAAGCUAAUCGGCUCCGCUGCUGCUUUCUACGCCAAUGUUGCUCGCGAGCGCCUCUUAGAAGCAGCUGACGCGGCUGUGCCCGCGGGUUCGAAUCCCAGCGCUGGCAUUAAUUCAGGGGACAGAGCAGCUGCCGAAAUCUGCCCUGGCGUUGGCGAAAUCAACGAGUUUCUGCGACGGGGGCGACGGUGCAUGGAUUCUGUCGCGCCGUCGCUGAUUGAUGCGGGGGGAGGCAAGGCGGAGGGCGGAUCUGUGCCUGCGCCGGAGCUGGAUUUGAGGUUCGGGAGUGCGGCUGAGGAGCCGGUUCGGCGGCUGUUCAAAGUGGUGAUUGGCAGCGAGCACGCAGAUCUGGACGCGAUUGUCUCAGCCAUCGUCUACUCUUUUUUCCUCGACCAUUCAGAGCCGCCCAGUGCCCGGGCGGCGGGGCUUUGUCUGCUUCCGCUGGUGCACACGAGCCGGGCGGAUUUCCACCUCCGCACCGAUGCAGCGUGGCUGCUGCAGGCCAUGGGGGUGGACACACAGGCGCUUCUCUUUUUAGAUGAGGUUGAUCUGCGCAAGCUGCACGGAGAGGGGCGGCUGCAGGUGGUGCUGUACGGCCACAACAAGAUGCCUGCUACUAUCGAGGGCAUGGAGAAAGCUGUUGCGGAAAUCAUUCCCCGGGAAACAGGAUCGGUCAUCUCACAUCCCAUCUUCCCACGAACCGCAGAAGAGGGCAGCAGCUGUGCUACAAUGCUGGCUCGCCGUCUCUCAGAGGAGGCACCUCACCUCCUCCUCAACACGGCUCUUGCUCGCCUGCUGCUCGCAGCCAUUCUCACGUGCACCAACAACCUGGAUCCAGGGCAGAGCAGUGAGGUCGAUGCCAGCAUGGCAGCAUUCCUGGCCGUUGGAUCGAGGUGCCUCGGGCGCAACGUUUUCUACGAGAUCUUGCGCGACAAGAAGUACAACCAGGCCUCGCUCACUACUGAGGAACUCCUUAGAGCGGAUAUAGUGCAGCAUGCCAUGGGACCCGGUGUGCGCGGCAAGAAGGGCGGAGAGGUGCUGAACGUGGCGAUAUCGAACGUGGGCAGCUCGACAUCGCAGCUGGUCAACAAAGACGCCAAAUUCGAGGAGAUUCUCAAGCAGUUCCUCUCCACUCGCUCGCUGCACCUGCUGGUCAUCCUCUCUACAUACUACUCCGAAACCAGCAAACGCUUCAAGAGGGAGCUGGUGCUGGCGGCCCCCCUCGCAUCCCUCUCCUCGGGCCUCUCCUUCUUCCUUCAGAAGGAAUCGCACGACCUGCGCCUGCGUCCAGUCACCAUUCGAGGCAUGCCCAAUUGGCUCAAGGCGUUCACGCUUGGUAACCCGGUAACCACACGCACUGAUGUGGAGCACCUCCUUGUUGAGUAUUUUGAGGACGGAAGAGCGCUUGCUGUCAGAAUGGCGAUUUCGAGAGGGUUUCAAAUAUUUUUAGUACUCCUUACGGCUGCAACCGUUGUUUCUGGGGCGAAGAAGCUAAAAGACGGCAGUCGCUGUUUGCUUUCGCCAACGCUAAAGCCCAUCGUCGAGUGCGAAGGCGGGCCAGCCACGUGUCUUGUAUCGCGGACGCCGAAGCCUGGAAAUCCGUACGGUCGCUACAAAGGAGUCUGCAACAGCACAUACGAAAAGGGUCUCUAUUGCGCCUUCAUGUCGCAGCCCUAUGCGGUGGGAACGCGCGGCAUCCCCGGCAGCAGCAGCUGCGAGCGCUGCAACUGCAAGGCGGUGCCGGUGGUGAUUGCGGGGAGCAAGCAGCUGGUGCGCAUGGAGGCGCAGUGCGUGUGCCCCGAGGUGCAGUGUCGGACCAACUACCGCGGAGCCAGCAUUCGCCGAUUCGCAUGCCCUCCUCUGCAGCAAACGUGUCUUAUCAAUCGAGUGGGGCGGGGUGGCGUGGACAGCGAGGGCUACAGGAUCGACGUUGGCACGUGCAUAGCGCCACAAGAUGCUUUCAGAGCUACCAACUGCAGCAGUGCGGGUCCCACAUGGGGAAUGAAGUGGUAUGCUCUCGGUACCACCAACAUCCCCAAGCCUGAGACUUUGAGCUCUCUUUUCCUGCCCUCUCUUCUCUCCCACCAUUCCUUCUACAGCUUUCAGAGCUACCAACUGCAGCAGUGCGGGUCCCACAUGGGGAAUGAAGUGCUUUCAGAGCUACCAACUGCAGCAGUGCGGGUCCCACAUGGGGAAUGA